GGAGCAGACGAUAGCCUUCAUCGAGUCGAGUCAGUUCGACCGGGUCCGCUGUUUUCUAUAACUGUUCGUGAAAGAAUACUGGAAAAGUUGUUACUAUGGGUUGAAGCAGCACCGUCAAAAAGCAACGAGUUGCAUUCCCGAAUGCGGGAUCAACAACGUGCACACUUGCUCAGCCUGUUUGAAACCUUAAUGACUCAGUCCAGACAGAAUGUGAUCGCUGAGAUCUCUGUGCUGCGUCCUCUUCUCCAAUUCCUGUUCAAAUUGUCGUCGCAGUUACGUCCAGCCUAUAGCAAAGUUUACGGACGGACACUUUAUGAGUUUUGUGUGCUCCUUUGCCGCGACUCUCUCUUUCUUGACCAUUGUAGAAAAAUCUGCGAAGAACUGUUCGGUCAGCCGCACAUUGUGUUCUCUAUGCUCGUUCCACUGAUUCACCAAGGUGAUGCAGUCGGGGACUGGGCAAAGGAUGCAUUUCUCCUGGUCCUAUCAGUCUCGAAACGUGAUGAUGCUUUGGGCAACUAUUUGGCGUUUGAGUCCGAUUUUUGUCCGGUCUUAGCAACUGGUCUGAGUGGUCUCUAUUCUAGUCUGCCGAAGAAAUUGGUCCCACGUCAUGAACUUCCCAACGCACAAGAUUUAGAUUCUCCGGGUGGACCAGUCACAUUAACCAGUGCCGCCUUUUUCGAACCAUUGUCCUCCGCUCCGUGUGUUGUGGAGCUUCCGGUUGGUGGACCGUCAUGGCACCAACUGGCGGAGAACGAGUGGAAUCAAUCGACUGAUUUACGUCGGUUUUUGCAUACAUUGGACUUUUGUAAUUUGGUCAUCAAGAUUUGUCAUCAAAAUGUGCGAGAUCAAUUGCUUUAUUAUAUCAACUCGGGAUUCCUUGUCCCCGUCUUAGGGUCCGCGUUGCAUCAAAGUGCUUUAGAUGAAGUUGUCGCUGCUACUGCCUAUUUGGAAUUAUUCCUUCGACGCCUUACCGAGCCCACCUUGAUUAAACUGGUGCUCAAUUUCAUAGUGAACGGAACAUAUGACUCGUAUUCCAUAUUGACGUCUCUCAUCAAUCGUCUGAAUUCGAAAGCCGCGCUCGGAAUGGUCACCUUGUCCUUGUUCCGUACGAUUCUGAGUUUUCAUUGCGAGGACGUGAUGUAUGAGCUAGUGUUGAAGUAUCUGAUCCCUUUUUAUGACGCACCAGUGACAACCACAUCUGGAGACAGUUCUUCUCAGUCACCUAAAAUGCACCAUCAAUCCCGAUGGCGUCCUUCUCGGUCCCAAGAGGAUAAGCCCACCACACCACAUGCGGUAGCGUCAAACCAACUCUCUCUAGAUUUAGUCCGUUCUGGUGAUCGUUUCAUGUCCUUGGCAAACACUGCUACCCCAAGCAAAAGGUUUGAAGUGAACACCUCACAGCAAGUGCUUCGUUCCAGCACGGAAGGGGUACACAAUGCGGAUCCGUGUGAGCCAUUACCUUUGAGUCGUGAUCGUCGUUCACCGGCCAGUCUCUCAGGUGUCAUGGAACGAUCUGCGCACAGUGAGAACGGAGAUGUCCCAAAUGAUUGGGUGUUGGUGCAAACCCGGAUGGCAGAUUUGAAUCCUCCGGAGAAGCCUUUUCUUUUUCCCUAUUUACGAUGCACUCAAAGACGUAUUCGACGGCGCCGUGAGGCCUGUUCCGCAUGGCAUUCUUCUUACGUCUCCCGCACUUUGGAUACCUCGACCACGCUUACCAUGACUCUCACCGACAAGGAGCUCGAAUUAAAUGAGCAUCGAGAUCGUAAAGACAUUCAUCUAUCCCCUCAGAGACCAUUCACCAAUCAGGUUUGUUCCCCAGUUCGAGAGAUCUCAAGCGCGGUACAUAUGGGCAAUUCAGGAGGAGACGUGCGAUCAAACGGGGAUCUAGAUUCUCCACGACCUGUUCGGUCAGCGACUAUGUCCCGCGCACAGGCAUCGUCUUUGUAUCAGUUGAACUAUUUCGAGGAUAGUUCGGAAGAAGAGGCGUUUUCCGCCAAACAGCAGGAAAUCCCAGGUCAAAACUUACGUUCCCGGUUAUCGCAUUUGGGCUCAUCAAGUCCAUCAGAUAGUCCCGGUCUAUCCCCAACUACAAAUGCCUACCUGCCAAUCAAACAGAAUGUUACCACAGAAGACUCUGUAUGUACUUGUCUGACAGCAGCUGAGGCCAAUAUAGUUAUGGAAGCGUGUUCUACACCNCCCCGAUUUGAGUCGAUUCAUGCACAGUCUUGA